CCGUCGUUGAGCGACAUUUUCUCUUCCCUCAUUUCCUUCUCACUCAAUCUUCAACACCUUUUUUUUACUUCUUUAAUCGCCUUUGCUUUUUCUUCCUCCCACUGUCUGAUGUGUAUUUUGUAUUAUCGCCAUUGUACUGUCUCUUUCCUUUUGUAUCAGUGAGAGGAGAGAGCGAGUGCAGGAGAUUGAAGUUGUUUAAAGAAAGAGUGAGAGAAGGUGCGUGUGUUAGAGAUUUAUACACACACAUACAUAUAUAUAUACUUAUAUAUAUAUAUAUAUAUGUCUGUGUGUGUAUGUAUAUAUUAUAUACAUUACAUAUAUGUAUAAAAUAGAUAAUUAAUUAUCAUCAUCGAACCAGAACUGCUGCUAGUUAGUUCAUAUUUGCUAUUUUUAUAUUUAUUUUUGUUCUGUAAAUACCUCUGACACUCGGGGUUAACUAUUAUUAUUAGCAGUAGAAUUACAUACCCAAUUCCUUUACGACAUAAAUGAAGAAAUGAGCAGUGUCCGAGGAAACGACACUGUUGUGAAUGUGCUAGAUGAUAUUUUGGAUGCAAAUACAGGAGAUGAUGAUCUUAUUGUGGAAAUGGCAUCAGAAGGGAAAAUAGAACAUGCAAUGCUUGCCAAACAAAAAAGUAUUUCUUCAAAUAAAAUUGCUAAAGUCAAACCUUCUCUGUCAAAAGGAAAAGCAACUACUACAAAACCUGGGGUUAGUGUUGGUCUGUCUGUAAAACAAGAUCUAAAGGUUAAAGAGCCAAGAUCAAGAGUACAAACCAAGUCUAUUGAGGAAAAAGAUCUCAAACCAAGUAAAGGAAUAAAGAAAAUGGUUCCAAGGAAAGAGGUAAAGAAAGUCUUAAAGAAACCAGAAAAAGCUCAUAAGGAAAUGUUACAACUUCGAGACAAUGAUGGUCUUGAUGACUUGGAUGAUGAUUACACUCUUGAUUUAGAUAAAGAUGCCGAAGAUGAACUUCUUAUGAAUAAAAUUGAUGAUCAUUAUGAAGAUGACUCUGAUGAUAAACAUAAUGUUAGUAUCAGUGCUGAAGAGUCUGAAGACUUGCCUGCUGCAGGCAAUGAUGCCAUGGUUAUUCAAGAUUAUGAUACACGCAGUGAAAUUGGUACUUCUAGUUCAGAAACUUCCUUGACUGACUCAAAUUCAGAAUCUUAUCCUUCUGACAAAGAAAAGAAAGAUGAACCUCGACGGGAGAAAAACCACAAAAGAGGGAUUUCCCCAAUUGAAUGGGACAGGAAAAGUGAAGAUUCUGCUGAUGAGGAUGAUGAUGGUGAUGACAGUGAAUCUGAGAGACGACGUAGUGCAUCUCGUUUGAAAUAUUUAUUCAAGAGGGCUCGCUUCUUCUUAAUUAAGAGUAAUAAUCAUGAAAAUGUGGCUUUAGCUAAAGCUAAAGGUGUUUGGUCAACUCCCCCACAGAAUGAAGCCAGAUUGAAUCAAGCUUUUAGGGAAGCUGAUAAUGUAAUUCUGGUGUUUUCUGUGAAAGAAAGUGGGAAAUUUCAAGGUUUUGCACGAUUAUCAGCUGAAUCAACAAGGGAUCAUCCUCCAAUACGUUGGGUUUUACCACCUGGGUUAAGUGCUCGAGCACUCAGUGGAGUUUUUAAAUUGGAUUGGAUUAACCGGCGUGACCUUCAAUUUACUAAAACUACACAUCUGCAUAACCCUUGGAAUGAAAAUAAAUAUGUUAAAAUUGGCAGAGAUGGACAAGAGAUUGAACCAACUGUUGGAGAAGCUCUAUGUAAAUUAUUUCCGUCAGAUGACAAUGUUGACCUUGGCAGUAUUGUAAGAAAAGCUAGAAAGUCACACCAUCACUCUCGAAGUUCAGAAAGGCAUUUGGAUCGUUACCGUGGAGUAAGCAGUACUGGUGGGCCCAGUGGACCAGGUGUUGCAGGAACAGCUUCUACAGGAGCCAGUAGUAGCAGUGGCCCAAGGAAUUCCGAAAUUUCUAGGCGUAGAAGACACAGAGAGGAGUUUGAAUCGCCAAGAGUAAAGAGAUCUCGUAUGGACUAUGACAAUAGGAAUAAUUUAGAUGCAUAUUACAAGGAAAGGCGGCCUGAUAGGCCACCUCGUUAUGGCGGAGUUCGCCGAGAAACAUUCUUAAAUGGACAGUGGAACAGUGUGGCGAGCUCAUGGACUUAUCCAGCAGCAGGGGUACGGCCAUUAGUCCGUCCAUCUUCAUAUAGUGACUACAUGCGAGAGUUCCAACAUGUAAGACCCCCACCGCCACCUAUGUCACCUUAUGGCCCACCACCUCCUGCAUAUGGACAUCAUAUGGAUCCAAUGGUCACCUAUACUGGUCAUUAUGAUAACCGGCCGAGAAAUUACAUGACUCCUCCUGAGUAUGGCCCAGCUUCGAUUUCCAAUCCCAGGCGCACAGAUAAACGUUCAGCGAGUGCUGUUUGGGCAGAGAAACGUUCAUAUGAGAGAGAUGUUGAUGAUUUCCUCCGUAGAACUACACAUGGGAAUAGCUCCAGAGACCGACAUCGCCACCGAGAUCGCCGGUAAAGGCCAUCAUCAACAGUUAGAUUACACUUGCAAUUUAUUUGCUACUUAAUAACUAGUGGGUUGAAAGAUGCUGUAAGCUACAAAGACUAUCUGCUUCUGGUGCUCAGCUAUUGGUUUUGUGAAGUUACUGUCAUCAUUGUGCUGAUAUAUUUUCUCCGUAAAAGAUGAAUUACUUCACACUUUCACCCAGCUUAAUCAUCUGUCAAAAGAUUGCUCCAUCUUAUUUUCAAAUCCAUUGACAAAAUGUGAACAUUCAUUUUUGCCUCAAUCUCUUUUACUAUCUACAGAUAUUUUCAUUCACUUCACACAAUAGAUCCCAUGCAAUAGUCUAAAUAUUUUGUAAAAACAAAAUAUCAAUCACUUUAAAAAAAAUAAACAAAAUUUGAAACAAAAAUAUGAUUUUUAUUUCUAAAUUGCAUAUAUCUUUAAAGGGGGAAAAAGUUCCCUCUUUUUUUUUUUUUGUCUGUUUAACAUCAAACACUUCAUUCUUUAUUUUCUAGUGAUAUAUGAAGUACUUUCCUGCUGUAUUAUAAUCCCUGCUUUCUCUGACUUGAUCCUAGUAUCAGUGUGAUAUUAGACCAUUUUGAAAAAGUAUUUAUAUUUUGAUACAUAUUACUGAAGAAGUUUUCUUCAGUUGACUUCUUUUUCUCUUGUAAUAUAUAUACAUGGCAAUGUUACAUGGAAUCAUUGACUUCCAUUCAAAAAUAUGUGGUAAACGUGAUUUGUUUGUUUUUUAUGUUUGACUGCUUUAAGACUUCAUGUUGUUGGCUUUUAAUGUUUGUUCCUUGUAGGGCUGUGGAUGAUAUUCAAAGUUCAGCACCAAACAAAAAAGAAAUGGCAUACUGCAAUAUGAAGCAGAUAUAUUCACAAUAAAAAAAGAAAAAGAAAAAAAGCUACUUUUAGUUUUAAGAAGCUCUAAAUUUUAAGUAAUUUGGUUAUAAUAUAUUGAUGUAUUUUCAAAUUAAUCUGAAGGUUUUUUAGUAAACCUCAGUUGUAAUAACACAACCAAAACCAACACAUUUGAUACUGAAAUAUGAGCAUAUGAUAAAAAAUAGUUUGGGUGAUAUUUCAGGAACUGUGUCUUAAUAUAUAAAUGGCUUCAUUUUAUUUAAUUUACUGACUGCUAAAAAUGAAAAUUGCUACAUCAAUGGGCUGCUACACUUACUACAUUCAAGCUAUAUUCAAGGAUAUUUUACUGUCUUGAUUUUUGAUGGUACAAUGGAGAUUGGCACAAGAAAAACUAUCAGCUAUGAAACAGCUGCUAUAUUUUCUAAAUCCUUCCAACCCAUAGUAAUUAAGUUUGGGGUGUAGAUGCUCAUAGGAGGAAAGAAAUUAUUAUAGUCUUUUAAGAACAGUAAUUAAUUAUAACUCGUAAUAUUUAUGAUGAUUCUUAGUUUUAUAUACUGUAGGAAAAGAUUAGAUUUUGUUUCUAGACUAGUUUGGCUACAACAAAUUAACUCACUGAUGGCAUUCUUGUAGUUCAAAGAAACUCUUAUACUACUCUGUGUAUAGAUUUAUUUUUUUGGAAGCCAACACAAAAGUCUGUUCCACUUUUGAGAAUAUUUCAGAUUUGAAAUUAUUCUAAGCAUUAUAAAACUUUCAAACUAUUUGGGUACAAGCUAUAUUGAGAAAGAACAAGUUGCUGGCUUUAGAAGUUGUCCAAGUACACCCUCAGUCUAUAUAAGUAUUUUAAAAUUUAUAAAUUUGUUGUUUUUGAUUCAGGAAAGAACAAAUGUUUUAAUGAAAUGCAGGAGUUGUUAGUUUGUCACUGAAACACUUCAUAUUUCUCAGUUGAACAAAAUAUUGAUUCUAAUCUCAUGAUGUCAAUUUACAAGCAAGCAAAAUCAACAAGCUGUUUCCUUAAUUAUCACAAUUGAUUCUCAUUAUUUUAUAUUCUUGUUAGAAUAUUAUAUGCUACACGAGAGUGGUGAUCAUAUAUGAAACUGUAGAGGGAUAAAACUAAAUGCAUCAUAGUAUUUGGUUUUAUUCCUCCAGCUUCUAAAUUUGGAUCUUAUUCUUAAUCACUUUGGCUUGCAUGAUUGUGUGGUUAAGAAGCUUGCUUCACCAUAAUAGUUUUCAGGCUCAUUCCCACUGCAUGGUGAUUUGACCAAGUGUCUCUUACCAUUACCUCAUGGCAACCAAAGACUGAAAUUUGGUGGGCAGAAACUGUGAAAGCCUGUCAGAGGGAGUGUUCUUGGGUGAUAGACUUAAUCCAUUGUCCAGUUUAAUGCUGCCACUCUCUUUUGGGUGCUUUAGCAGAGCACAUUCUUUUGCAACUUCCUCCUUUCUUCCCAUCAGUCUUCAAGGCACUGUAUAAAAGUCCCUUUCCUCUCGACUAAUUUUUAAAAUAAUUUUUUUUUUUAAAUCCUAGUAAGCUAUUGUGGUGUAUAGAUCAACUAUACACCACAUAAAAUAUUUGAGAUAAAUUAUUGUAUAUCAUUCAAUACAUGCUUGUGUAUACACUCAAGAACUGACACCAAAAAUUUAUAUUCUGAUGAUGAGCAAGAAACAUUGUGUAAAAGUAAUCAAAUUAAAAUACUGUUACCAUUCUAUUGUGCUAACAAACCAUUCAACCAUAAUUCUUUAGUUUAACCCUUUCAAUACCAACCCAGCUGAAACUGCCUCUGGCUCUGUAGUACAAAUGUCUUGCUUUCCUAAGUUUUGAAUUAAAAUUUUCCACCAAACCUCAGUCACAAUUUAUGUUCUUAAUACUAGCUUAAUGAUAACUAAAAGCUAUUUUACUAAAUUCUUUGUUAUAUCUAAAACUAACUGAAAGAAACACAGAGCAUCUCAAAAUAAAUACUGUAAUGAAAGGGUUAAUAACUCAGAUCCAAGUUAACAUGAAAACCCAGAAUCUUAUAUUUUGAAAUUGUAGGAAAAACAGGAUUUAGAAAAUGGUUAAACUUGGAAGUCAGAAAACCAGUUCUUUCACUUGUUGACUAGUAUUAAAAUACAUUCAAACUAUUUCUUGUCAAAUUUUGUGUUCUAGAAAAAAUUAUUUGAUGAUACCAAUGUAUUAUAGAGCAAUAACCUAUUUUUUCCACAGGAGUUUUUCAUCUCUUGUAUGAUGUUUGUAUCUACCAAUCUCAAAUCUUUAUGUAUGAGCUUCCUCACAAUAGAAUUAUAACAAGACUUAGGUAUAUCUCUAGGUUAUUAUACUGUUAAUGCAAUUGCCAAAUAACCAGUCAUUUAGAUUCUGAAAAAUAAAGCUGAAUGUGCAAUAGAUUUUGAAUUCUGGUAUUGUUUUGGUAUUUGUGAGAACUUUCAGGGUACUAAUAAACUCAAGAAGCGAAAUAGAUGUAAAUCGGGUGUUUUUUAGGUAGUAAUUUUCUAAACUUUUUAUUUAUUUUUUUUUUAUCGGGCUUAUCAAUAACAUGUUACAUAUAUUUAAUAUAUGAGCUAUUUAUUUAUUUAUUUAUUACCAUUCCUGACAUAAUUUCAUUAAGAUGGUCUGAGUUUUCGAGUUUCUGUUCUGUAAUUUUUUUUUUUUAUUGAUGUAUUGUAAUUUGAGUUUAUUAGUUUGCCAAUUGCUACUUGUGCUAAAACUUAUUAAUAUGCAGCUGCUAGGUAAAAGCAGAUGAACAUGACAGCUCAGGAAGUGUUCAACAGUCACCUUUGUACACAACAUGGAGAAACAGAUUUUACUUGUAAUUGAACUAGUUUAAUCAAAACUAUUUUCAAUAAAACAGUUCAAUGCAGAAAA